AUGCGUUUUGGAAAGAAAGGCAAGUUGAGCCCUCGCUAUAUUCGUCCUUUCGAAAUAAUAGAAAGAAUUGGACCAGUGGCAUAUAAGCUAAAUCUGCCCCUAGAAUUAAGCGCUAUCCACGACACAUUCCACGUAUCAAAUCUCAAGAGAUGCCUAUCAGAUGAAACCCAGGUUUUACCCCAGGAAGACUUGCAAGUUUUUGAUCGACUGCAUUUUGUUGAAAAACCCUCGGAGAUCUUGGAUAGAAAAGUUAAGCAGUUGAGACGUAGUAGAAUACCCAUCGUGAAGGUUCAUUGGAAUUCCAAGAAUGGACCGGAGUAA